GUAACCUGAGAACAUGUAACUUAAAACGCGUACAUUUUAAAAUAUGUUUUGUUCAUAAUGCAAAUUAAAAAACAUAUUCAUAUAAUCUAAAAUGCUUUUCUUUAUAUUGAUUGCAUUAGUUUCAAAUGUUUUAUCAAUUACAAAAGUAGUUAAUAUUGAUUUGAACAGUGAAAAAGAAGUUCUGUUAAUAUGUUUAACAAAAAACAAAGAAGACUUUGUGACAUGGUACAAGAAAAAUUCGAAGACAAAAACUUUUGACGAGUUGGGAUUCUCGGAGACGGUUUUUUUUCCGGACUUAAAUUCUAUUCAAUUAAAAGAUGUUGAAAAAGAAGACUUGGGAGUAUAUGUUUGUAAAGACCCUUUAACUGGAGUUACAUUUACAACUUUUGAGCUUGUUGAAAAAAACAUAACACAAGUAACCAAGGUAACAAUAGAGCCACCAAGCCCACCUCUUCAAUGGGUAUUGCUACCAAACUCAGAAAACACUAUUACAAACGGUAGGUUGCAUGUAUUUGCAUGCAGGGCAUCAGGAGGAAAAGUUAAUGUUGAGGCUUUUCGCUUGAACAAAAAUGGAUCAAUUAGAGAGAAGUUGCGACAGGGUGGAGUUGUUUUACACAAUCCGUCAGAACAUGAUACAGGAAAAUAUUUAUGCGUUGCCAACAACAGUGCUGCUUCUAUAAAACAUGAGUUUAGCAUCUUUGUUAUUGUUCAUGGUGGAAUUUCUGAAUGGUCCCAUUGGAGCUUGUGCGACCAAAAUUGUGGCUUUGGAACACAAAUAAGAACAAGAAAUUGUACAAAUCCAAAACCAGCUAAUGGAGGAAUGCCUUGUUCAGAAGAAAGUCUACAAAGGCGUCAAUGCAAAUCCAGAUCGUGCUCUGCUCCAAAGUUGACGAAAUUUGGUUUUGAUUUAACAGAUGAUAAUAACUUGAAGCUUGACUGCUUUGCCACAGGCAUUCCAACACCUAAAAUAGUUUGGAAGUACGAUGGUGAUGACUUGCCAAAGCAGUAUGGUAGUGAAGAAACCAGGUUGAUUAUUCCUAAAACUAAAGCUCGAUCUGGAGAAUAUAGUUGUACUGUAGAAAAUCCAGCUGGUUACUUUACAAUGUAUAUAAAUGUGGAUUUAUAAAAUUUCGGUUACUACUCUAAACUACACCUAAUUUAAAUCAAAUAAAACUUAAAAAUAUUUUGUUAUAACA